AUGCAGGACGAGAAGUUCAAGGUCAAGUUUGGCAAGUCCACAGCAGAGCGGCCCAAAGUGCUUCUGCCGCUUUCCUACGGCAGUUCCUCGCUGGCGCUGUUCGAUAUGGUCGUCUCGCAUUUGGAGGAACAGUGUCAGAACGAGAGGGCUGUCCAGGGCUACGUUUUAGUGGUGCUUCACGUGGGUGAGGACGCCGCCAGGAUGGAGCGACUGAGGAAAAAGUACUUGCAAGUACUGGAGAAGCUGGAGGCGGAGUUUGUGACGGUAGACCCGGCGGUUUUUGUGCGCGAUCUCGCGAGAGUGACGGUCACAGAGGAGUACGCUGUGCGGCGGACAGAAAAUAGCGAGUCUCUAGAUUUGCAGGAGCUGUUGCUCCAGUUCGAGAGCCGAUCGUCGCGGCAGGAUUUUUGGCAGCAGGUUGUCCAGGAAGUGGCUUUGCGCAGCGCAGUCGCACACGACUGUUCGGUGGUGAUUUUUGGCCACUCGAUGAGCCGCUUGGCGGAGGAAAUCCUUGCUCUCACCGCCAAGGGCCGCGGCGCAGAGACGGCGCACCGUCUCACGGAUGGAGAGAUAGAGUACGCCGGACGCCGCUUACACGUGAUACACCCGCUGCGAGACGUUUUGGCGUCAGAAAUCAAAGAGUAUGUGCGGUUGGGCGGGCUGCAAGAAAUGGUUGCAACCGAAGAGUCCGUGAAGCACAAGUCCGCGAAAAACAAGACUGUGAACGAGCUGGUGCGCGAGUACUUCGAGACGGUUGAGAGCGAGUAUCCAGAGGUCAUCUCGACGGUGGUCAAGAUUGGCACGAAGCUCGACUCGCCGCAGGGCAUGGCGCAGCAGUGCAUAUUGUGCCAGGAAGCCAUCUACCGCGACCCUAAGACGUGGCUGGAGCAGAUGUCCGAGAGCGCGAAUAAAGAGGUCCAGAGCGACGUGCCGCUGUGCUACGGGUGUCUGAUGAACCUGGGUGUUGGCGGCGGGGCGGUGUGGCCGGUGAGUCGGCCGUCGAGAGAGGAAAUCCUGGCGGAGUAUAUACUUGAGGAAUAA